AACUUGCAAUAAUGCAGAAUAUGAAAUUAAUGGAGAGUGUUGCCCAAUGUGUGAUCCAGGAAAGCGAGCUCAUAAACAUUGUGAUGAGUACACAAGCACAACAUGUGAUUUAUGCCUUGUGAUGACCUACACUGAUGCUCCUAAUGGACUGACAGAAUGUCUGCCUUGUUCAUUCUGUGAUCCAAGUAAUGGGCUCAGAGUAAAGAAGGCAUGUACAUUAAUAUCAAAUACAGUGUGUGAACCUCUGCCAGGAUAUUACUGUUUAGAGUUUCUCUCAAACUGUCCAAAGGCAAUUAAACAUUCAACCUGCUCACCUGAACAAUACAUCAACCAAACCGGAACAGAAUUCAGUGAUGCAGUGUGUGAUGACUGUCCUGCUGGUUCAUAUUCAGAUGGUACACUCUGCAAAUUACAUACAAAGUGUGAAUCUCUUGGCAAAACUACAGUCAAGGCAGGAACAGAGACGACCGAUGCUGAGUGUAGUAAUGGAAAACCUUUUUAUUUACUGAUUCUGUCUGUGUGUGGAGUGUGUGUGCUGGCGUUUGUUAUAGGCUCAACUGUAAUUAUUGUAAAGAAAAAAAAUAUCCUGCACUAUCAUCAAGCAAAUCAGGAAUAAGGGAAUUUACAAAAUUUGCUUGGAUUUCUACAUUUGUAUGUAAUUUGUACAUUUUAUGUAAAUAAAUAGUUU